GUGGGAUGUCCAGACACUAAAGUGUCUUUCGCUGUUGAAGGGUCACCACAGCAAAGGAGUGUGUUCACUGGACUUCACAGCCGAUGGAAAAAGUUUGAUUUCAGUAGGAAUCGACGAAUUUCACACUAUUGUUAUUUGGGACUGGAAGAAAGGAGAGAGACUGGCCAAAGCCAGGGGCCACAAAGACAAAAUCCUGGUGGUGAAGAGUAAUCCAUUCAGAAUGGACAAACUGGUCACUGUGGGGAUGAAACACAUCAAGUUCUGGCAACAUUCAGGUGGCGGUCUGACAUUCAAGCGUGGGAUUUUCGGUAACCUCGGUAAACAAGAGACAAUGAUGUCAGCAUGUUACGGUCGAUCUGAGGACAUGGUUUUCUCUGGUGCUACAAACGGAGAUGUUUACAUCUGGAGAGACACGACUCUCAUCAAGACCAUCAAAGCUCACGAUGGCCCCGUGUUUGCCAUGUGCUCCCUGGACAAGGGUUUUGUGACAGGAGGAAAAGAUGGCGUGGUGGAGCUGUGGGAUGACAUGUUCGAGCGAUGUUUGAAAACCUACGCCAUCAAGAGAGCUGCACUGUCUGCGUCGUCUAAAGGUCUGUUGCUGGAGGACAACCCAUCAAUCAAAGCUAUUACUCUAGGACACGGUCACAUCCUCCUGGGGACAAAGAAUGGAGAAAUCCUGGAGAUUGAUAAGAGCGGAUCAAUGACCCUGUUGGUCCAGGGUCACAUGGAAGGUGAGGUUUGGGGGUUGGCAGCUCACCCCCUGCUUCCUGUCUGCGCUACUGUGAGUGACGACAAAACCUUAAGGAUCUGGGAGCUGUCCUCCAACCACCGCAUGGUGGCAGUUCGCAAACUCAAGAAAGGAGGGCGGUGCUGUGCCUUUUCUCCUGACGGCAAAGCUCUAGCUGUAGGUCUGAACGACGGCAGCUUUUUGGUGGUAAACGCCGACACUCUGGAGGACAUGGUGACCUUUCAUCACCGCAAGGAACUCAUCUCCGACAUCCGUUUCUCCCUAGAUGCAGGGAAGUACCUGGCUGUGGCGUCCUACGAUUCCUUUGUGGACAUUUAUAAUGUCCUGACCAGUAAAAGAGUUGGUAUUUGCAAAGGCGCUGGCAGUUACAUCACUCACAUCGACUGGGACUCGAGGGGUAAACUUUUACAGGUAAACACCGGUGCCAAAGAACAGCUUUUCUUUGAGGCUCCACGAGGACGUAAACAAAACAUCAGCGUAGCCGAGUUUGAAAAGCUUGACUGGGCGAGCUGGACCUCAGUCCUGGGUCCGACCUGUGAGGGAAUAUGGCCGACGCUCAGCUUCGUUAACACCGCCUCACUCACCAAAGACCACAAACUGCUUGCCACUGGAGAUGAUUUUGGCUUCCUCAAACUGUUCAGCUUCCCAUCCAGAGGACAGUUUGCUAAGUUUAAAAAAUACGUGGGACACAGCACCAACGUGACCAACGUCCGAUGGUCCAAUGACGAUUCAGUUCUGCUGUCAGUGGGCGGGGCUGACACUGCACUGAUGAUCUGGACCAGGGAGCCCGUGGGUCACAAAGAGAGCAAAGCCGUGGACAGUGAGGAGUCAGACGAUGACACCGAAGAAGACGGAGGUUAUGACAGCGAUGUAGCCCGGGAGAAGGCGGUGGACUACGUGACUAAGAUUUACUCAUCCAGCAUCAGGAAGUUGUCCGGAACCAAACCUCACCAGCAGCACAAAGAGCUUCCUGUGGAUGAGAGGCCUCCAGUUAGUCGAGCUGCACCACUGCCAGAUAAGCUGCUGAAAAAUAACGUGACCAAGAAGAAGAAAGUAGUCGAGGAGCUGCUCUUGGAGCAUGUCUUUGGCUACAGAGGCUUCGACUGUCGAAACAACCUACAUUAUCUCAAUGACGGUUCUGACAUUGUCUUCCACACCGCUGCUGCCGCUAUCGUCCAAAACCUUUCAGCAGGAACUCAGAGUUUCUACCUGGAACACACAGACGACAUCCUCUGUUUGACCGUCAACCAACAUCCCAAAUAUCAGAACAUCAUCGCUACCGGACAGAUUGGUGACAUCACUGAGCUGCCAGGUAUUGCACCGUCCAUCCACAUAUGGGACGCUAUGACAAAGCAGACGCUGUCCAUCCUCCGCUGUUCCCAUGCUAAAGGUAUCGGCUAUGUGAACUUCAGUGCCACAGGAAAACUGCUGCUGUCUGUGGGUGUGGAACCAGAACACACCAUCACUGUGUGGAGGUGGCAGGAAGGCACCAAGGUGACGAGUAAAGGCGGCCACUCUGAGCGGAUCUUUGUGGUGGAGUUCAGACCAGACUCCGACACUCAGUUUGUGUCUGUGGGAAUCAAACACAUCAAGUUCUGGACUCUGGUGGGCGGUUCGCUCUUGUACAAGAAGGGCGUGGUCAGCGCGGUGGAGGACAGUCGCAUGCAGACAAUGCUGUCUGUGGCUUUUGGCGCGAACAACCUGACGUUCACUGGAGCCAUUAACGGAGAUGUUUAUGUGUGGAGGGAGCACUUCCUGGUGCGUGUGGUGGCGAAGGCACACAGCGGCCCAGUCUUCCCCAUGUCCACGACGCUAAGAGACGGUCUCAUCGUCACUGGAGGAAAAGAGCGACCGACUAAAGAGGGUGGAGCUGUGAAACUCUGGGACCAGGAGAUGAAGCGCUGCAGAGCGUUUCAGCUGGAGACGGGUCAGCCGGUGGAGAACGUUCGCUCCGUCUGCAGAGGGAAGGGUAAAAUACUGGUGGGAACCAAAGAUGGAGAGAUCAUCGAGGUAGGGGAGAAGAAUGCUGCCUCCAACACCAUGAUCAACGGACACACGCAGGGAGGGAUCUGGGGUUUGGCCACGCAUCCCUUCAAAGAUGUCUUCAUCUCCGCCAGUGAUGAUGGAACAAUAAGAAUAUGGGACUUAGCAGACAAGAAACUUCUGAACAAAGUGAGUCUGGGUCAUCCUGCCAAGUGCUCCUCCUACAGCCCGAACGGAGAAAUGGUAUCGAUUGGAUCGGAGAACGGAGAGUUUAUUGUCCUGCUGGUAAACUCGCUCACUGUGUGGGGCAAGAGGAGAGACCGCAGCGUCGCCAUCCAGGACAUAAGGUUCAGUCCAGAUAAUCGGUUCCUGGCUGUGGGUUCGAUGGAUUGUGCCGUGGACUUUUAUGACUUGUCACUCGGACCGUCCCUCAACCGGGUUGGUUACUGUAAGGACAUUCCAGGCUUUGUCCUCCAGGUGGACUUCUCAGCUGACAGUAGACAUGUCCAGGUGUCCAGCAGCUCAUACACUCGGCAGGUGCACGAGGUUCCGUCAGGACGGAUGGUGACGGAGCAGCCGGUGGUUGAGAGGAUCACCUGGGCCACGUGGACCAGUAUCCUGGGCGACGAGGUUCUUGGCAUUUGGCCUCGUAAUUCUGAAAAGGCUGACGUCAACUGUGCAUGCGUUUCCCACGCUGGCGUUAACCUGGUGACAGGCGACGACUUUGGACUAGUUAAACUCUUUGAUUUUCCCUGUUCUGAAAAGUUUGCCAAACAUAAAAGAUACUUCGGACAUUCAGCUCACGUGACCAACAUCCGCUUCUCCUGUGAUGAUAAGUACGUGAUCAGUGCUGGUGGCAGUGACUGCAGUUUAUUUGUGUGGAAAACUCAGUGAGGCCCCCUCAAACACAACAGCGCCACCUACAGCGGCGGUGCUGCGUACAACUGAUGCUGCACCUGAAC